GUGGGCCUAUCACACGGCGUGUCUCUGUAGUGACCAAUCAGAGCACGCGUUCUUUAGGGUUUUGGCAUUGUUUGUACAUGGUGAGGAAAAGGCCGCGCAUCGUGUGAGCUCACUUUAUUUUGAAAACAAUAUUGGCAUUACUACUUAAAUAUGGAGAGCCCAGAGGGUGAGCGGAACAGCCUCACGCCAAGGUCUCGCUCUCGUUCAAGGUCACGACUGGAGUCGCCAGCCAAUUCGCCCCCUCAUCGCCGUGCUGCAUCACAGUCCCGCUCUCCACAGCCACGUAGACGAUCCUUUAGCAGGUCACGUUCCCGCACGCCUCGUAGGCACCGCUCUCGAAGUGGGUCGCCCCGUAAUGGUCACGAUGGAAGCCGGCGCUCACGACGUACUCGGUCGCCUCAAUCAAGAUCCCCCAUGUCUAAUCGCCGCCGUCAUAUUGGUACUCGAGACAACCCCGAGCCUUCAAAGUGUCUUGGAGUGUUCGGUCUAAGUGUGUACACAACAGAGAGAGAGCUUCAUAGCAUCUUUGACAAGUUUGGACCACUGGAGAAAGUGCAAGUAGUGCUUGACUCAAAGACUGGAAAAUCAAGAGGAUUUGCAUUUGUGUACUUUGAGUCCAUAAAAGAUGCUGCUGAAGCCAAGGAUGAGUGUUCAGGCAUGGAGAUCGACGGACGGAGGAUCAGAGUCGACUUCUCCAUCACCAAGCGACCUCACACACCUACUCCAGGCAUUUACAUGGGUCGACCCACCACCCGAGGAGGUUAUGACAGAGGAUAUGGUGGGCGAGGUGGCGGCGGGUACAGGGGUGAUAGAUACCGUUCUCCGUCGCCACGUUACAGGCAACGUUCCAGCGGUGGCCGCCGCGACUAUUAUGACCGUGGAUAUGACCGUGGAGAUCGCAGUUACUACAGAGGCGGCGGCGGCUACGAUCGCUACGACCGACAGCAACAUUAUGAUCGUUAUGACAGAUAUGAUCGUGCUUACGACAAGUAUGAGCGCUACGAAAGGUCCAGAUCACGCUCAUACUCGCCACGAGAAUCUCACGCUAACUCCCGAGGUGCUGGUGCCAGACGCUGAUCGUCUGAGCCAAUGGAGAUACAAGUAUUGAUGCUUGUGCCACGACUGCUGUCACCUUAAGCUAAACCACAAGAUUCCUCAAAGGUUGUAUAUGAUCCAGAUUUAACAUGUUGCUUAGAAGACCCAAGUUAUUUUUCAAUAACCUUAAGUGAAUUAAAAUUAUUGGUACAUGUAUUGCCUAUAUGACCUGAAUCAUCCCAAGCAUUUUUUUUUUUUGUGACUUUAAUAAGAGACAAUAUCAUUAGUAAGAAAUUGGGCAUUGAGUAAAGUUGUGGAAUGUUCUCUUACAUUUUUAGAAUUUGGUGAUUUAACCAAUGUGUUAUGUGUAAGGCAACUUGGGAGGGGAGAUUGUAUUGCUUCCCAAGUUCAAAUACAGUCCAAAUCAUCAGUACCAGAGAUAAAAGGUAUUAGUACUCUUGAAACUAAUGCCACAAAGAACAAAUAACUAAAUCUGCAGCAGGAACUGAAGUUAUGGAAGUACUGUAUUACUUUAAGGUGAAUGAAGUAAAUUUGAAGUUUUUAUUUAAAUUGCACUGUAAUAUACACACCUUUACUUCAUUUGUGUGGAAGUCACUUUGCAACCUCAAAGUAAACAUUUAUUUUAUUUACACACUGGUACGUCUCAAGUAUAUUUUUUAAAGUGAUCCUGAUCCAUUGUUUAAUACUGUAUUAGAUUUCACUUUGGGAACUACAGUAUUCUCUUCUGAUUUUCUGUUUCAUCUAAGAUAAUAUCAUUUUCUACAGAGGAAUAUAUAUUUUCCAUGAAAAUGUGAGGAAUGUAGAAAUGAUUGAGUUUUAUUCCUGGUUUAGAAAUUUUGAUAAAAAUUUAUGGUAACAAUACCUAAGUUUAGUGUUGACUGACGACUACAGGAUAAUAUAGGUGAGCUGCUGUCAAAACUUUACCUGACCAUUGCUCAGCAAAAGCUGCAAUUUUUACUCCUGUCAAAAGUAACUGGUCCCUUAUAUAAUAGCACAACAGUGAACUUAUACCAGGUUGUCUUUAUUAGAAUGUGAUUUUUUUGUUUAAGUAAAAAGUUAUGCGAUAUUUUGUUUAAGGAAAAAGUUAUGCAAACUAGAAUUUGUUUAGUGUUGAAACGAAGUGAAUGCACCAAAGUAAAUUUAGCUGAAAUGUAUUCAACAGACAUGCGUGAAUAAGUGGAGAAUAUUUCUUGACACUUUUGAACUAAUAUUUAUGACAUGAGUAAAUUUUUGUUUGCCUUUGUGGUCUUUCUUGAGGUAAAAAUUUAGAUUUUUUGUGUCGCAGAUCAAGAAACUUCUUGACAACCAACUGUCAGCUAAGUCUUAUAGGUUUGAUAUUUUAAGUGGUGUUAGGACUUUUGGUUGUCAUCUGAAUGCUGUUAUGCUUGUUAAUCAAUUUAGUUCUUUAUGAAUUCCUUCUAAAAUAUUGUAGUUGGAUAAUGUCAUUAUCCAUAAAGCAUGGAAGUUUGUCAGUUGAUACAUGAUUUAUCUCACAUUAAUGUAAGUUCAAUUGUGAAAAUUUAAUGAAUUACAGGUAUUGACUUUUUUGUAAACAUUUCAGUAUAUAUAUGACAAAAAUUUUCAGUCAUACUUCCUUAGAGUAGAAGUAGCUAAGAGGUAAAAUCCUGAGUAUUAAUUUUGGUCAUAUAUAACUGUUGCAGAUGACUACUACUUAAAAUUACUGUGUGGUGAAUGACCUGGAGAAAUGUGUGAUCUCCUCAAAUAUGUUCAUAUGGACUUUAUAGUUGUAUUUCAGUAUGUACUCCUAUACAGAACUCUUGUGGAAUGUUCUGUGUAUUAAAUAGACUGUACAGUGAAUAUAAACCAAUUGUAAUGCAAAUAUGAAAAAUCUUCAGUAGUAUUUGUAUUGGAAUAAGUUGUGUUUAAUUUUUUUGUGAAUUCCAUUUGUCAGUCAUUCAGUGGGGAUGAGAUGUAGUUUUAAUUAAUGAAUAACUGCACAUAAAGACUUUCAAGUACA